CAAAGACAGUGGAUUUCUUUAUAUAUUCUCCAUAAUUAAUAUUCUAUAAUUCUCUUCGGUUUCUUUGUUCGCAGAUAUUCUACAUCCUCCUCCCUCCCACCAUGUUCAAUUCCUUGCGAUUCACCUCCCGACUGGGCCUCCGUGCCGUGCGCUGGAACUCCACGACCAGCUCGGGCUCGCCUCCUCUGAUGGCCCACAUGCGAAAUGAUCUGAAGGUCGCAAUGCGGGCCAAAGAUACUGCUAGGUUGAACGUUCUGCGCGGAAUCAUCUCGGAGUUCAAUAACGCUGCAAAGACGCCCAACCCGAUCAGUACCGACCUGCAACUUCUCGCCUUGAUCCGGAAGCGACUUGCCAGUGUGAAGGAGGCAGCGCAACAGUUCGCCGAGGCGGACCGACCGGAUCUCAAGGAAAAGGAGGACCAGCAGGCCGAGGUCUUGCAGGGAUAUGCAGGUCAGGUGACGACAAUGGGUGCGGACGAGAUCGAGCAGAUUGUGGAACAGGAGGUGACGAAGCUGAAGGGGGCUGGUCAAAAGGUGGACAAGGGUGUGCUCUUUAAGACGCUCUUCGCUCCCGGCGGCGCCUUUGAUGGAAAGCCCGUGGAGCGGGCUGAGGUGGCCAAGAUCGCCUCCAAGUUCCUUCAAUAGACUGCAAGGACCAUCGCAGAGAAGCGCUAACUGUAUUAUAUUGUACAAUGCAUA